AGGCUACUUAUUCUACUUUUGGAAAAAGUGUGGCUAAAAAGCUAAAGAAGAAGAAAAACACCAAAAGUGAAUCAUUUGAUACCAAAAACCUGAUUGGUACAACCUGAAGUUUGACUCUAGAACAUUCCACUCGAUUCUUGUAUCGCUCUUCUGCCAUCGGUAUCUCAUUGAGCAGUUGUACUUAAUGUUCAGCUCUUCCUUUUUCGUUCCGCACCUUUUGUUAUUUAGUGAAAGCUUAAUUAAACGAAUGUGAACUGAAAGCAAUGGCAUCCUCAUUCCCCACUGCAGCAGGGCUUUGUGUGUGUACAAAAACAAAAGCGACGUCGUCAAGGAAGUUUGCUAAGCAGGCCAGAAGGGGCUUUUAGAAAUAGUUUUCGAUGUUGCGGCCUCCGCAAAAGCUACUUGUGUCUGUCAGGCAGGCUGGUCAUUCAAGCUAAAUAUUUCCUUUCUUCGCUAAGAUGAGACAUCCAAGGUGAAUGGGAGUCUGAGCAUUUUUCUCAGAGAAUGCCACUGACAUUUCAAUGAUUGAAGCAAAAUUGCAGGCAUUUGGAAAUCCAUACUCGAGCCCGCCGCGCACUCCUCAUUAAUUAACUGGCUAUUGAUUACUGACCUUGCCACUUCAACUUAUUUCCAUUUGGCACAUUCAGACAAGGCAGAGUGCUCCACUAAAAUACAGUGCGGCCGCGUCAGCCGGUCUUAUCUCCCAAACGCCCGCUUUCAUUAAAGCCGCCAUUAAGUUGCUCUUGUUGAUAAUGGAUUUCUCAGCCAUUUAGAGUGCCUCAGCCUUCUGACUGCAGCUCAAGGACCCGGCAUUCGGCUCGGGCGGGCAGAGGACGCUUUGAAUUCCCUGCUGCUUGACACCCACCGGAGCUCAUUUCUCCUGGCUAAAGACUCCAACAACGGUGUGUCACACUGACGAGCCCAUUUGUGCUCCUCAAGGUCCAGUCUGUGCUCAAGUUCCGCAUAGGACUAAUUCAUGGUCUCCGAGUGAGCCGAUGCCGCCCUUUCUUUGCUCUGAUUGGCUACCGCCGAUAAUCCCGCCUUGUGUAUGUGCGCACGGAUUGGCUGCAGACCCUCUGACGUCAGGCGGGCAUAAGGCAUUUCUAGAGGCACUCGCUUCCUGUCAGCGCCACAUGAAGAAGGAGCGGCUCUUCGAGUUGAAUGACGUCGAGAUUCCACCCGAGAGCAGUAGACGAGAAGACAGCCCGUCGCCAGCCAAGAGGACGCUCCGCUCGGCGUGUCAACAAGGAAACUUCAGGCAACGCUAAAGACCGUCCAGCGUGUCUCGCAAUGGACUCUAUUUGUGAGCACAGAUCGCCGAGGCUUUAGUGCGGUGGAAAUACUAACUCCAUUUGUUGCUUUUUUUUUAAAAACCUACUUGCACUUUUUGGAACUGUUUACCAGCCUUCUUACAAAUCAGAUCUUUCGAUCAUUCAACGCUACACUUUUGAAACAAGAGACAAUGGUGAACCCCGGAGGAAACAGCCAGCCACCCCUGCCGCCGCAGGUAGGCACCAGCUCCCUGUCAUGGAAACGCUGCGCCGGCUGCGGGGGCAAGAUCGCCGACCGCUUCCUCCUCUACGCUAUGGACAGCUACUGGCACAGCCGCUGCCUCAAGUGCUCGUGCUGCCAGGCCCAGCUGGGCGACAUUGGCACGUCGUGCUACACCAAAAGCGGCAUGAUCCUCUGCAGGAACGACUACAUCAGAUUAUUCGGGAACAGCGGUGCCUGCAGCGCGUGUGGUCAGUCCAUCCCAGCCAGUGAGCUGGUGAUGAGGGCGCAGGGCAACGUCUACCACCUCAAGUGUUUCACAUGUUCUACCUGCCGGAACCGGCUUGUGCCUGGGGACCGGUUCCACUACAUCAACGGCAGCCUGUUCUGCGAACACGACCGACCCACAGCGCUCAUCAACGGUCAUUUGACUUCACUGCAGACCAACCCGCUACUGCCCGACCAAAAGGUGUGCUAGACGGACACGGCGCAGGAAGCAGGAUGUGUGCCUUCAUGUUUAGCCCUCACUCAUCAUCACCACAGACAGCGCCCUGAAGGAACCUUUCCACCCGUGGCAGCAAUAUAAGCGCCGGGCCUUCAGACUCUCCAUGGGCGGAUACUUGCACUUACUGCGUCCCAGUCGGACCCGGGAACUUGACCUAACAAAGUCCAACUCAAAGGGACUCUUGAGGAAGAGACUGAUGACUUAACGAGGUCCAAGAAAUGUUUCUGUUUUUUUGCCUAAAGACAUUUCCGGAGGGGGACUCAUUUUUCUUCUGUUUUCUAUCGUCGACAUGGUGAUCCCGCUUUAUUAUUUAGACAUCGUGGAGGGAUUGUGAACCCCCCCGCCCUCCCCCUUCUUCUUAGCUGGUGUGUCUCCAAGAUGGCUCUUUGUGCACAAUGUCACACACACACACACUCGGUGUAUUUGUAAAAUGACCCAUGUAUGUACAGUAUGCAUGUUAAUGUCGUUGAUGUCCACUCCCUCCACACUACCAACCUUGCUGACCCCCACCCACACUCCUUUUGACCCCACCCACAACUGGAACAAACUGAAGUCGUGUAGAGCCUCCCGACAUUUUAAUGCUGAAUGAAAGAGAAAUUUAUUUGUGAUAUUUUCCGAGACAUUUGCUCCAGUAUGGUGUAUUUAAUUAAUAAAAAAAAAAGUAUGGACUAUUUCACUUAUUUUCUUACAUCAAGUUCACUGAUGAAGCACUUUUGAUGUUCAUUAUGCUCAGCUUUGAGUUUUCCCACAGAAAUGAUGUACAGUGGAUCCAAGCACAUUCGGCAAAUUUGCAGAUUAUUUGGUAAAAAAAAAAAAAAAAGAAAUUCUGCGGAAAACAUCUUAUUCACUCAAAGUUGGUAACAAUUUCUAUAAUGUUAAUAUGUACAUCACACAUGUACCAGCCUACAAUUUUUAUCUUUGUCUUUAUGCUUCACUAAUACUGCUUUUCGUCAAGCAUCGUCCUUGAACACACCAUAUUUGUGUGCUGACAGCGACCUUCUACGUAUAUAACUUUCUCCUACAUGGCAACAGCUUAAUAAAGCCAUCUGUUCCUGGAUCAUCUUGCAUGAUCAUUCAUU